AACUCCAUUCCAAAUAUGAAUUGUCUACCAACUGAUAAACUUUCGAUCAGAGCUUGCAUACUUUACGAAGCACUUGAGCACCUGAAUGAUGAGAAAUACGUUUACUCAAACAUCUGCAGAACAUUCGGUUACCACUUAAUCAAUUUCCAAGAGUUCAACCAUUGGUAUUCCAGAUUUCAAAAUGGAAAUUUGGAACUUUGCGAUGAAAGUAAAGAUGUUGGGGGCCACCCGAAGAAGCUUCAAGACAGUCCAGCUUUGAUUCGGACCUGCAUUUUUUACGAGCUUCUUAGAUUUACAACCAAAAGUGUAGAAUACAAUUACAAAAAUUUUACCAAUAUUCUUGGCUUUGACGUGAUUUCUUACCAAUUAUUCGAUUACUGGUUUUAUAAAUUCUACAAUCAGCUGAAUAAUUCGGAAAAGUUGGACUUAAACAUUGAUGACAGCUUCGAAUACGUGCCCAUACCAUUUGCUAAUUUACCAAACGACAUUUUAUGUGAAAUUUUGGACAAAGUGAAUGCGUACCAAAAACUCUCCAUCCGAACAAUGUCUCGAAAACUCUGCCAACUUAUUGAUAAUCACAUUCUCAAAGUUGAUAAAAUAGAACUCUACCAGUCUAAUCUACAUGGUCUAUACCGAGUUAUUAUCGGAUAUGAUGCCAUCCGCGUUGUCUACGAGAAUACAGAAGUUGGUGGAUGUACGCGUUCUGUCAUGGUAGCGAAAACCAAAAUUGAAGGGAAAAGCUGCACGGAGAUGACUCUGGAAUUCCUGUCGGAAAAGUUGAAGCAUCCGAAAAUGCAGAUAAAACGAUUUUGCAUUGAGGCGGACAAUAGUAAUUUUAUAGCAUCUGUUUUGAAAGUAUUAAAGUCAAGAAAGACCAUUCUUUGUGUCAAGGAAAUUAGUAUUGAUGGUCUUGAAGAGUGUCAAAUGGCGGAGAUGCUCUCAUGUGUAAAACCCCGUACGCUGGAAAAAAUUGUCCUACAAAAAAACUACGACGAAAAUCAAACAAUUGAGCUCAAGGAGAUUGUUCAACUGGAGCAAUGGAAGUAUGCCAAAGAGCUUGUGACAGAGUUUAAUGAUGGAGCAAUUGCUGUUAGGUAUCAAGAUUAUUGUCAUUUUGAUAAAAUCUCUGUGAAGCUUGCUCGGUUUCCAAAAGAAGACUUUUACAACAUUAGAGAUAUUCUCACAAGUCGAUCAAGUUUUCAAGAAGCUAAAUUUCAAUUUCCACGAAUAGAACUCCAUCAAAUAUCGGAACUGUUCAAUCUGGGAACUUAUCAAAAAGAGGAAUUCGAGUAUCCUGGAAUUGAGACAUUUUAUAAUCACGAGUUUAAUGGCAGAUUCAGGGUGUCUAUUCGUCCCAGUCGGCUGCUUAUUACACCUGUAAAACAGUGAUAACUUUAACAUCUUACAAUUAUGUACUUUUUUUAUAUUUUACCAGCCGCUGCCCGCGCCUACGGCGCGGGCAACGACUGGCACCAUUAAAAGUAUUUGACACACAUACCUUCAAUCACUCAAAAAAUUUCUCAUCAUGAAAAAAACUUGAAACACUUAAA